UUCGAUCUCUUCAUCGAUCUUUGCCUCACUUCUUUAGAUUAUCCUGGAGCCUCUCUCCUCUCCUCUUUCAUCUCCAAGUUUGACGACCUAUUGCUACGUGCAACAACUUGGUUCUACCAUGUGGAGGACCUUCGCCAGAAGGGUUACAGACCGGAAGCUUAAAUUUGCCUCUGAGCCCCACAUUGGCUCCGUUUCUCGGGACUUGAAUUUUCUCGAGAAAACCAGACCUGUUGAGACCCAGAUCGUAGCAACCAAUCCAUGCCCGCAACUGGGUUUUCAGCAAAACUGUGUCUUGUAUUCCCAAAAAGAUGGAUUGGGUAGAUUCAAUUUGUCUCAGUCAAGCAGCCCUUUUGGUGUUUCUGGGUUAUUCAAUCAGGUGAAGGGCUAUGCAAGUACUGCGGAGGCUACUAUUUCGACUGAGGAGGACUUAUCUGGGUCUGAGGAAACCCAUGAAUUAAUGGAAGAGAUGAGCAGAGCGGAGAAGAUGGAGCCGGACUUGAAGCAGCCAAAGAAAAUGAAUGUAGGUAUGGGGAUAGGGAAGUACAAAAUGCUAAGGAGGAGGCAAAUAAAGAUCGAGACUGAGGCAUGGGAACAGGCAGCAAAAGAGUAUCAGGAAUUGCUAAUGGAUAUGUGCGAGCAAAAGCUUGCACCCAAUUUGCCAUACGUAAAAUCAUUGUUCCUUGGUUGGUUUGAGCCUUUAAGGGAUGCUAUUUCCGCUGACCAAGAACGAUGCAAGGAAAUAGCCUAUAAGAAUAAGUUGUCUCAUGCCCCCUAUUUUAAUGACUUGCAAGCGGAUAUGAUGGCAGUGAUUACCAUGCACAAGUUGAUGGGGUUGUUGAUGACGGGCAGUGGAGGAACUGGUGGUGUUAGGGUCGUCCAAGCUGCCAGCCAAAUUGGUGAGGCCAUUGAACAUGAGGCUAGAAUACAGAGAUUUUUAGAGAAGACAAAGAAGAAGAACACAACAAAUAAAAAACCGGAGGAUGAAUCUGAAGCCUUGACCAGUGAAGAGGAUAAACUGGAAAAACAAAAGGCAAGACUUAGGAAGAAAGUUACUCAGUUGAUAAAGAAGCAAAAGGUGCAGCAAGUGAGGCAGAUAGUAAAGGGACAUGAUGAUUCAAAACCUUGGGGGCAGGACACACAAGUUAAGGUUGGAUGCCGUUUAAUUCAGUUGUUGAUGGAAACUGCCUACAUACAACCUCCACUUGAUCAGCUAGGUGAUGGUCCACUUGAUAUUCGCCCAGCAUUUAAACAUGCUCUGAGAACCAUCACUAAAGACACAAGCGCACAUAAAAUCAGCAGGAGAUAUGGUGUUAUCGAAUGUGACCCUCUUGUUCACAAGGGCCUUGAGAAAACUGCUAAGCACAUGGUCAUUCCUUACAUGCCAAUGCUAGUGCCUCCUCAAAACUGGACUGGGUAUGAUCGAGGUGCAUAUUUAUUUCUGCCAUCAUAUGUCAUGCGGACGCAUGGAGCAAAACAACAGCGUGAAACAGUUAAAAGAACACCAAGGAAACAGUUGGAGCCUGUUUUUGAGGCCCUUGAUACAUUAGGAAAUACCAAAUGGAGGAUAAAUAAGAGGGUGCACAGUGUGAUGGAAAGAUUAUGGGCUAGUGGAGAAUGUAUAGCUGGUUUGAUCGACCGUGAAGAUGUUCCUCUGCCUGAAAAACCAGACAACGAAGAUGAAGCAGAAAUCCGGAAGUGGAAGUGGAAACUUAAAGCUGCUAAAAAGGUGAACUCUGAGAGGCAUUCACAGCGGUGUGAUAUUGAACUCAAGCUUAAUGUGGCUCGAAAAAUGAAAGAAGAGGAAGGCUUUUACUACCCUCACAACCUUGAUUUCCGAGGUCGUGCAUAUCCAAUGCACCCAUAUCUAAACCAUCUUGGUUCUGACAUCUGUCGGGGUGUCCUGGAGUUUGCUGAGGGACGCCCUCUCGGGAAGUCAGGAUUGCGCUGGUUGAAGAUACAUUUAGCAAAUCUGUAUGCUGGUGGUGUGGACAAGUUGUCGUCUGAUGGUCGAGUAGCAUUUACAGAGAACCAUUUGGACGACGUCUUUGAUUCAGCAGACAGGCCUCUUGAAGGAAGGCGCUGGUGGUUGGGAGCAGAGGACCCUUUUCAGUGCCUGGCAACAUGUAUAAAUCUUGCAGAAGCAUUGAGAAGCUCCUCCCCUGAGACUGCUAUUUCACAUAUGCCAGUCCACCAGGAUGGUUCAUGCAAUGGUUUACAACACUAUGCUGCCCUUGGAAGGGACAAGUUGGGAGCAGCUGCAGUGAAUCUUGUUGCAGGAGAGAAGCCUGCAGAUGUCUAUUCUGGUAUAGCUGCCCGUGUUCUUGACAUAAUGCGGAAAGAUGCAGAGAAAGAUCCUGUCACAAAUCCAAAUGCAUUCCAUGCUAAGCUCUUAAUCAAUCAGGUGGGCAGGAAGUUAGUAAAGCAGACAGUGAUGACAUCAGUUUAUGGUGUUACUUAUAUUGGUGCCCGUGACCAAAUCAAGAGAAGGUUGAAGGAGCGUGGUGCCAUUGCUGAUGAUUCGGAGCUGUUUGCUGCAUCUUGCUAUGCAGCAAGGGUCACCUUGGCUGCCCUGGGAGAAAUGUUUCAAGCUGCUAGGAGUAUUAUGGGUUGGCUUGGGGACUGUGCAAAGAUUAAAACUUCCCUUCAGGUGUUGACAUUACAACGAGAGACUGACAAGAUUGUGGUUAAGCGGCAGAGAACUGCAUUUCCCCCUAAUUUUGUUCACUCACUUGAUGGGUCCCACAUGAUGAUGACAGCUGUCGCCUGCAAAAAGGCAGGAUUGAAUUUUGCAGGAGUCCAUGAUUCAUAUUGGACACAUGCAUGUGAUGUUGAUGCAAUGAACAGGAUACUCCGGGAAAAGUUUGUUGAACUCUAUGAGGCACCUAUAUUAGAGAAUUUGUUGGAAAGCUUUCAGAAGUCCUUCCCUACAUUAAAGUUUCCGCCCUUACCAGAGCGAGGAGACUUUGAUCUUCGAGAGGUUCUGGAAUCCCCCUAUUUCUUCAACUAGUCCAAGGCCAGAUGCUUUUGGCUGUCUGCACCUUAAACUCAACCGUCUUGCCUAUCAAUCGGCCAGAGCUGGUGGAGUCAUACAGUUCUCACGUUUGGGCAUGAGAUUGUGGAAGGUAAGCAAGUUUCUUUCACCAAUAUAAUGAGUCAGGGAAGAAAUGGAGAAUUUGAGGAGCGUGCUUGUAUAUAUGUAUACCAGGACUUCUUAAACGGUUACUUUGAGAUUCUUUUCAAGUUCUUGCCCCACAGUUGAAGUCUGCAGUGUUCAGCAUGUAUUUCAACUAACAGCUCAAACAGUUUUAAGCAAGCUGUUUAAAACAGAGAAAUCAAAGCUUCAGAGUCAAAGCAACAACACUCCUGGUUGAUGAGGUGAUCCCAUCUUACAGAAUGAUGAUAGCUUCAAACUGAAGCUUGCCAUAGAUGAUUAUUUUAGAUGAUAUAUAUAUAUAUAUAUAUAUUUUUUUUUUGGGGGGUAAUUGUUAGAUCGGCAGGUCCACACAUUUCCCAAAAGGGCUCAUCAGCAAAUCCUCUGUGCUGUAUAUUUGAGUAACAUUAUUGUAUUUGUAACAUUCAUGCUGAUAUUGACUAUUGUUUCAUUCUUGAUCCAAGUAAAAUAAAAUCUAUAAUUUGCU